AUGAAGGAUUUGCAUGAAGAGGUGGUGAUGCUGCGCGAGUCAAAUCUGGAGUUAAUCAACCUACUGCUGACAAAUAAAGGUGCUAUGCAUAAUAUGACACAUCCGAAUAAUCAAGUUGAUCACAACAAAACAUCUGUUAAUUGUAACGCUGAAGAAACUAAAUAUCCAGUAGGGAACAAAAACAAAAACGAUUCAUCACAAAAAACUAGCAACUAUAAAAGAGACAAACCAGAGCAAAAGCAACUAGAAACAAACAGCAAACACGUUCCUCGUUCAAGAACACAAUAUAAAACGAAAGAGUUCAUUGACACUGGAACCAAAAAGAUUGUAAAUAAACAGAUAGCUGAUAAAAUCUCGAUCGCCAUAGUUGGCAUGCAGUUGUUUCAACUUCAUAACAGCAUUGUUGGCUUCGAUAGCAUUGUUGAUGACGAAGACGUUAUCUGGCUUCUCCACGAAUGGAGUUCUGUUCUGCCUGAUUGGUUGAAGAAACUGUUCUCCGUUCAUCAGGAACAGCAUAUCAUACGAUAUGAAACUAUUGUUGUUAAUCACCAGGAUUUGAUCUUGAAAUUCAUAGUUAACAUAGAAAAAUGUGAAGACCCACUUCUAGAUGAGGAUCCGCACCAUCCUGCCCUGAAUAUGUUUAUAUUAUUUAAAAAUAAAACUAGUUAUGUUUACAGUCAGCCUGAAUAUAUCUAUGAUUACUCGAAAGGAGAAUUUUAUAAGUUAUACAAUCUGUUAGAAGAUGUUGACUGGUCAGAUCUUCAGAAAUCUGAAGAUGUGAAUAUAUGUACUGACUUAUUCUAUGGAAAGCUUUAUGGAUGUUUAGACCAAGCGAUACCCAAAAAAGCAGUGAAUAGAGCCACGUAUAAUGGUGGCAAUUAUCCAAUUUACUUUUCCGUGGCACUGAAGAAAAACAUUAAAUUAAAAACUCGGCUUCACCGACAAAUUAAGAACGGUAAAGCUAGCUUAGAGGUUAAACAAAAAAUUACAGUAGCUUAA